AUGAAUGGAACACAUCCAAAGGAAGAAGAUGGAGAGGUGAACAGAACUGUUUGCAUUGCAACACACUUAGACCAGUGUUUUGAGUCUUACGAGAUAUCGGUGAAAAACUGCAGUGGAUAUUAUGUGUAUCAUUUGAAACAAACCAAAACUAACAGUGAGGGCUACUGUUUUGGUACUAAUAUAACAUGUCCCCCACUAGAUCCAUGCGAGGAUAUUGAUCGUGAGGAAGAUUUAAUUGACGAUGGAACCCGGUCACCCUACUGUAUGUCUAGACAGCCAUCUGUGUGUGACCAGAAUUUAUCUGGGUGGUACAGAGUGCUUGAUUCUGACAAAUCCCAAAAGUUAGCCUUACCUCAGUUCUGUCCAGAGUCAGGAUCCUGUGGCACUGACAAUCCCAUCUGGCUCAAUGGUGAUUUUUAUCUCCUUAACAACAUUAUUAUCAAAUUUUGUUAA